CUCAACAUAAGUUGAAAAACACUCAAAACAUAUUUGAGAGACUCAACAGGAAAGUGCUCAAACGAUAUGAGCUCACUGUUAACAGCUCUCUCGCUUGUCGUCGUCUCGUUCUGUCGUUGGCUCGCUCACUCAACAACAAAAAACUCCAGCGGAAUAAACCAAUAACAACAACAGCCGCCACUGACUCAGAGCAGAGCAGCGCAGCGCAGAGUAGUUCAGCACAAGCAGAGUUGAGCAACAACAACAGCCGCUGUCGCGACGCGAUAGCAUGGAAAGAGUAUAAGAGAGAGUCUGCUAAGUUGCUCCCUUUGUGGCUGCUAGCUGCUGAUUGGAAUUUUUGGUGCAUAACAGCGGCAUAACAGCCAGCAAACAGAAGUAAAAGCAACACCGAGCAAGGCGGACGUGUGUGGCGCAUUUUGUUGAUACAAUUUUGAUUAUAAGAAUUUCAUCUGUGUGAAAUCUAAUAGCAACAACACACCAAUAAAUUAUAAUAAAAAAAAAAAGAAAAACAAAAUUAAAAGAAAACAGUAUAUCGAUAAAUCGUGAAUCAACUGUCAAAUUGUAUCGUUCGUGCAGAGUUGCCUUAUUCCGUAACAAUAACAAUAAAUCGAAGUGUUGCAAACAAAGUAUGAAAGAGAAGCAAAACAAAUCAAGUAAAAACAGUUAAAAAUACGUAUAAAUUAUGCAACAUUAUUACAAGGAGUAACGAACAAACAGUGAAAAUCGCGCGCGCAACAGCAACAAACAGCUGUCAACAAAAAUAUCUCGUAUUUUUUAUCAACAGAGCAAGCGGCGAAUUGCCUGUCAAUUUUGACGUCUACUCCUCUCCUCCUCACAUGUGCAUGUGUGUGUGUGCGGCUGUGUCCGCCUGUGAACGUGUCUCAUUCUCAUCAUUGUCAAUCUCGUGCUCGUUCUCUCAGUGUGCGUGUCUCUUCUUGUGUCAGUCAGAAAUAAAUUCGCAAAGUUCGAGUGUCCAGUAAUCCGGUGUUAAGGAAGUGUUAAAGCUUUUCUGCAUACACACAUCCACAUACACACAUAUAUUUCUACCUACCGGCAUAUUAAUGACGUCACGUCACGUCAGGCAGCAGCAGCAGCAUCAGCAUCGGCAGCCAUCACAAUAACAACAACAGCAACAACAACGACAACAACGCCCGCGCAAUAAAAGGCUAAAGAAGCGACAAUAAUAACAGCAGAAGCAGCAGCAACUGCAAAGUCAGCAAAGUCAAAGUAACGCCACAAAAGAAAACCAAAAAAGAAAAAAGUAAAACAAAAACAAAAGCAAACGCGUCUUUUUCGUCAGUUGCCAUUACGUCUUCGUUCGCUUCUUCUGCUCUCUCAGCUGUGCGCGUGCAAACAAACAACGCAAAAGAAGUUGAAAAUUACUCCAACGACAAUAACAACAACAACAACAACCACAGCAGCAACGGCAACGACAACAAAAAAAGCUACAGCUACAACUACAAAGACGUGUGAGUUUUGUGUAUGAGUGUGUGCAACAACAACAAACAAACAAACAAGAAAAUAAACAAAAGCAGCCUCAACAGCAAUAGCAACAACUAACUGAACGUCCCCCUUCUCUCCCCAUCAGCUGUAGCACAAGGGACGUUGUAAUCGUGAUAAACCUCCGUGCAAAUAUUUUCAUCCACCGCAGCAUCUGAAGGAUCAACUUUUGAUAAACGGUCGCAAUCAUUUGGCCCUUAAAAAUGCGCUGAUGCAACAAAUGGGCAUCGCACCCGGACAGCCGGUCAUAUCGGGCCAAGUGCCAGCUGUGGCAACAAGUCCCUACUUGACUGGCAUACCAGCCAACACAUACAGUCCUUACUAUGCAACCGGUCACUUAGUGCCUACCUUGCUGGGACCCGAUCCAACAGCUGUUGCCUCUCAGCUUGGCCCAGUGGUGCCACAAACCGUUCAGGUGGCACAACAGAAAAUUCCACGAUCCGACAGAUUAGAGGUCUGUCGCGAAUUCUUGCGCGGCGCCUGCAAACGGGCCGAGUCUGAAUGCCGGUUCGCGCAUCCGCAGGAGAGCGUCGCAAGGCACGACGAUGGUUCCAUAACGGUUUGCAUGGACGCCGUGAAGGGCAGAUGCGCACGUGACCCCUGCCGCUACUUUCAUCCCCCCCUGCACCUACAGGCACAAUUAAAAGCGGCCCAAACACGCGCCACCGCUGUCGCUGCUGCAGCUGCGACACCAUCUCUUGCGGCCCACCAACAACACCAACAUCUGCAACAACAACACCACCAACAACAACAACAACAACAGCUGCAGAGCAACAACAACAACGCCAUCCCAACGGCCUGCGGCGUCGCUGCUGGCGCAACAACAACAACACCAACAGCAACAACAACAAACAACGCUGCCGCUGCCGCUGCUGCUGCCGCCGCCGCUGCCGCUGCUGUUAUGGGUCAUCAUACUCUGGAAGUGGGCAAAAAGCGGGCAGCGGAUCCUGAAAUGUUUCCACUGAUGGAUGUUAAAACGGUUGGUUCAUUUUACUAUGAAAACUUCCAAUUCUCUGGCAUGGUACCGUUCAAACGUCCAGCUGCUGAAAAGUCGGGCAUUCCAGUGUAUCAGCCCGGUGCGACAACCUAUCAGCAAUUAAUGCCGCCUUACGUGCCAGUGUCAUGUGAGUAUCCCCCACAACAACAACAACAACAACCACAAGUUGCUAUAAGUAGCGCCAUAACAACAACAACAACAACAACUACAGCAGCAGCAGCAACAACAGGCAGUAAUCAUAAUAAUAAUGCUGUUACUGUAGCUGCUUUAACUACCAAUACCAAUACCAAUACCAAUACCAAUACUACAUCAAAUACAGCUACUAAUAGUUAUAUCGUUGAUCGUGAUAAUCAAGUGCUAGCUAACGAUUAUGAUGAUACACACCAUAGUCAAGAGAACAAUAAUAAUGACAACACACCAACAGCAGAAUCAACACAACCCACAACACCAACAGCAACAGCAGCAACAACAAUAAGCACAACAAACACUGCUAACGAUUGUAAUACAACACAAACAAUUAAAGCAACAGCAGCAGCAACACAAGUAGUAGAUGCAGCCAUCGCUGAGAAUGAAACAUCAGGCACAACCUAUGACACAGUCACGUCCCAUUCCCAUUCCCCACCCAACAAUGGUAGCGGUAAAAGUAGUCCCAAUCACGAGAAAUCCCCCUCGAAAGAGCCAGAGACCCUAGCCAACGGCAAUGGCAACGAGUUGCCACAUAGCGUAGACAGCAACCACCCGGCAGCAACAGCAACAGCUGAUUCUGAGUCGGUUUCCGUUUCCGUGCAGCCAACGACUCAGCGCCUCAGCUAUCAGCUGUCGAAACAGAAUGGCAGCGACUUCAGUAGCUAUCAGCGCUACACUCACAAUGGCCACAGCACUGGCAUAUUGCCGACACCCACCACCAGCAGCAGCAACAGUUGCUCCUCGGUUAUCACAGCCUCCUCGGCUUCGAUGCCACAGCUGCAGCGCCUCAGCUACGCAAUGCCAGCGUAUAGCUAUGCCAAUCUGUACAGCGGUUAUACCAAUGCCACGCCCAUUGUGAGCAUGAGCAGCAGCAACAUGCAACCUAGCUACGCACAGCAGCAACAACAGCAGCAGCAGCAACAACAACAGCAGCAGCAACAAGUUGCUCAGGCCCAAGCUCAAGCUCAGGCCCAAGCUCAGGCUCAGGCUCAAGCUCAUGCUCAGGCACAAGCUGCCUACACCCAACAGGCUUAUGCUGCCUAUGCUGCUGCCACAGGACUGACCUCGGCAACCGGCUACUACUCCGAUCCGGCAGCAAUUGCCAAGGAGGUGGCCCAGAAGAACUAUGCACUCAAGGUGGCCAACGCUGCUGUGAAGCCUGUUUCGGCCACCUCGGCUGCCGCCUACACAGGCAUGACCCUCAAUAAGAGCUUUGUUGCCGCACCGCCGCAACCCGUGCCCCAGCCACAAAUGCCCCAGGGUCAACCCAUGUCCAUGGCAACGCUUUUGCAAAUGCAAGCGGCGCAGGUUCAGGCUCAAGCCCAGGCUCAAGCUCAAGUUCAGGCGCAAGCCCAGGCUCAAGCUCAGCUGCGUCAGUACGCUGGAUCGCUGUCCAGCUCGGGUCUGUCCACUCCCGUGACCCCUGGCACCCCGCUGCGAACCCCCACGCCAGGUGCCUAUCUGCCAGGUGCCUCAGCGGCUCUGUUGCGUGCUCCAAACACAACCGGCCCCAUGCCCAUGGCCGCCAGUCCACAACAAUACGCGGCUGCAGCUCAAGGUUACUUCUAUCCAGGCGUCAUGGCUGCAGCUCCUCCAGGUGCAACCGGAGGCUAUGCCUACGCCAUGCCCGGUAGCCAGGCGGCAGUGACUGCCCAGCACUAUGCAGCGGCUGCAGCUGCCUCUGCGGCUGUGCCAAGUGCUGCCCAGAGUAGUGCCAUUGCACUAAAUCCCUAUAAGAAGAUGAAGACCUCUUAAACAGUUUUAAACAGAGAUCGAAGAACGAAAACCGUACUUAACAACAACUAUUGUGUUGGUCCAGAUAAAUAGAUUUGUAAUUGUAGUUUAUAGUAUACAUCGAAGACGUAAUAUUGUGUGCCUCAGUUUUUGUCUUAAAGCAUUAGGUUUAGUUACCAUAGGGCUCGAUUGUUGAAAUAGUAUUAUUUUUACAGUUCACUGGGUCGCAAAUCCGAAACAAACACCAUGACAACAUUUUCAACUAAAUAAAAAACAGAUAUCGAACAGUGCCUGUAGAAAUGAUUAAAAGUUAUUUAGCAACUGUUUACCAACUAUUCGUUCAAUCGCUUUUCAAUUCUCUUGCCAAAAACUAAAAAAAAAAUAAAAGCAUUAAUCAUCGAAUAUCGAUAUUUUAAAAUUUUUGUGAGUUAAGUUGUUGCCAUUCUAUAUAAAGGUUAUAAUGAAAAACACUGCUUUUGAAGCCAUAACAAAUAUUUUAUAUAAUUUGUAAGUUUAGUUCCUUUUCUCAUUGCAAUCAUCAGUGAGCGUUUAGUUAUUAGUUUUACUUACAAGGGUAGAAUGAAAUGAAAAUGCAACCGAAUUAGUGUCCAAAAUUGCAUCUUGGAAUAACAAAGUACUGUGAUAGCUUUGCACAAUACAAAACACAAACAAAUAACCUUUAUUCCGCCCCCCAAAAAAAAAUAUGCAAAUUAGUCCAUCUGAAUGUGAAACUGCGUGUGUUUAUGGCUAUAAAAUACUUAUGAAAUAAAUAUUCAUAAUAGAUAUGUAUUAGUUUCAACCCAUUUCACAAGCUAUCAUUGUUAUAUUUUGUCGUCUACCUAAUAGAUCGUUUACACUCUCUCUCUCUCUAUCUAUAAAUGUAUCUGUCUCAGUCAAUACCUUACCUAGGAAUCAGUAUGUUCUUCAUAAUAGUUAGCUAUUUAGUUAGCAGUGCUGUUGUAAUUGAAAUUGUUUGAAAUUGUUCAACAACGAACAUGCGUAACGAAUAUUGCUUAAAAUACAACAAUUAUAUAUACUAUCAUACUAUAUACAACAACCACAAAAAAAAAAAAAUAAACAAAAAAACAAAACAAAAAUAUAUAAAUACACAAAAACUAUGCUAUACAUGCUGAAUGCUAAUAUAUAUAUACUUAAACAAUAUAGUACUACAUACAUAAACAACAUCCAACACUAUGUACUCUAGCUGUUUACUCACUUUCUCUCUCACAAAACCGAAAUCCAAUCCAACACAACCAGAACAUGACAGAUAUCGAUUUAUAUAUAAAUCUUAUAGUUAUCAUAUAUACAUAUUCAUAUUCGUACACACCUAGUUUUUAAAAAAACGAUCAUCCCAAUCUAUCAACAACUAUCCAAGCAAAACCAAAAUCACAAUCACUAUCGCUAUCGCAAUAAUGAAUCACACUCAUAAUCCCAAAACACCACUUACAUUUGAUCAAUAUCAUCAAAAUUAUUAUUAUGUUACCUGUUAGCGUUUUGUUCAAGAUUUUUACGUGUCUUGUUAUGUUGACAAUUUCGAAUUAAAACUUUGUAAAAUUUUAAUUUUCUUCUCUCGAUGUAUUAUAUAACAUGUUGAUUUCUUAAUAUACUUAGUUAUUUAUAUACGUAAUUUACGUACAAGUUAUAUAUGCUACAAAAUAAAAACAACAAAUGAAUGUUUAUAAAAAUAAAAUCGAUUACUGAACUAUGUUAUUAAUACAUAUUAGACAUCGUGUGAUUAUUAUUUUUUUUUUAAUUCAUAUUUUCUAUGUAAUUUAUAUUUUAUUUAUGUAUGUACUUACAAUUUACUUUUAUAGUUUUUAUGUAUUUCUCGUCCGUCUAAAGAAUGAGAACUCCUAAAUCUAAAUUUAAAUUUAAAUCUAAUUGCCACUGACUUGCACAUCUUAAGACUUAGUCACAUAUUUUUGCCGUUCUCUGCUCUCAAAGUAAUCAUAUUAUUACUAUUAUUAUUAUUAUUAUCAACGCUAUUAUUAUUUUCUACGUACACCGACACACUUAAUAAUCUGUGUAAAAUUUUGUUUUAUGUUUAAUUUACGUUACAUCAACACAACAAUAUUAAAAGUAUUUAAGUUUAAGUGUUUGCCACUAAUUCUAAUGAAAUUGUCGAUAGUUUCUAUUAAUGUUUAUUUUGAAAUAUCGUGUGUGUUUUUUAAAAAUAUAGUUUGAACAUUACGAAACCAAACAAAACUACUUUAUUGCGUUAUGGAAUUUAUUUUGGUAUUAUAUAUUGAUAUUUCUGUUGUGCUGCUCUGCUUUCUUCACUCUUACAUAUAUUCUAUAAUUUCCUCUUAAAUUUUACUCGCCUUCGGAACACGACUUUUCAAAGAAUAUUAAAAUUGUUUAUUCCGCCUCUAUGACACAUACUACAUAUGCCAUUUUUUUUAAUCGAAAAGCUCAACGCUUAAAGCAAAGAAGAAGCAUUUACUGCCUUUACACAUAAUUUCUAGCUUUCUUUCUAUGUUUCUGCCAUAUUUGCGCAUUUCCAAGCUUUUUUUCCUUUAGAAAGCCCUAACUAUGUAUGAAAUUCACACAUUUACAUAUAUCAAUCAGCAAACACACAUUUUGCCUUCUGUCUUAACCGACUUAAAUCCGCUUUUUGUUUUUUGUUUUAUAGCUUAUACAUUCCCUCUACCAAAAAUAAACAAAUAACAACAAAAAACCAAAAAUACAAGCUAUAUAUUUGGAAUAUGAAAAGCUAUUCUAUCUCUAUAUACAUACAUAAAUGUGUAGCUAGUAGAAUAAUGGCAAAACAAGAUGAAUACGCUUCCUAUAUACUAUUUUGGUUAAAUGGUAGAAAAUAGCUGUAAAACAGAAUAACAAUGCAUACAUAUAAAUAUACUAUAUACAUAUACUAUAUACUAUAAUAUUGCUUGACUUGUGGCAGGCUUAACUCUUACUUACAUGUAGUAUAAUACUAGAUAAGAAAAAUGCUUAGUUAAUAUCCAGCAACUAGCGAUAUAAAUAGGGAAGAUGCAAAAUCUCUGUUAUACCAACAUUUGAUACGUCCUGCUUUAAAUACUUAUGUUAUUUUCAAUCUAUGUAUGUUCCGUUCUCUAGCUGUCUAUUUUAUUUGUUAACAUUGUGGAAUUAUGACUGUUUGGCAACUUGGUAGUAAUAAUCCAAUCUUUCAGAUCUCUGUGCAAAAACAUAUUUUCCAAAUGCGAUACCAGUAAAAAGACAUCAUAUUUGUUGUAUUGCAGUAAAAUCUUAAAAAUAUGAAAAUAAUAGUAUUCAAAAAUUCAAAAUCUCUAAAUAUUACUGGUCAGCGCAUAUUUUCAUUCACUUUAAACUCCUUAACAGUUUUAAUAUUAUCACACUCUCAGCUGCUUUAAGUUUCCUCGGCUUAACCAAGAGUUCUAUUCAAUAAAUUUGUAACCUAAUUAGGAAAGUAAAGUACCGUCCAUAAAAAAACAGAAAGUCUAUUGUAGUAUCGCACGUCCAAAAUUCAAAGUACGUUAGACUUCAAGCUUAUAUUUAAACUUGUUAUGAUAAUAUGAUAAAAAUAAAUACAAAAUAGCAAAGUGUGCACAAUUUUUUUGAACAAAAGAGAGAAACAUACAAUAAAGACAACAAUUACACAACCCUGAAAUAAUACCAUUUACUCGUAUCAACACCAACCAAUCUUUUGACUUAAUGUAUUGCUAUAAGUGCAUCCGAAACGGUGACUCUUUCAUUUUCCAUUCCAUUUGUUUUAGCUUAAAAAUUAGUGCUGAUAAUAAAAGUAUAUUAAUAUAACAAAAAACAAAACAAAAACCAAAA